AUGGAUGCCUAUUGCGCCGUGGUCCGCAAACUUGAGGCUCACUUUGAGUAUCUCGAGUUCCAUCAUGUCCCCAGGGAACACAAUGUUGCCACCACCAUCCUAUCCAAGCUCGGCUCGAAAUGCACCCAAGUCUCGGUUUUGGAUCUGGACCAAGCUAACGGCAACAUCCAGGCUCAGGUCGACCCAACGCCCACCGAUGUCCUGAUGAUCGAGGCAGAGGAUGACUGGCGCGCACCUUUCAUCGCAUUCAUCACCGACAACAUGUCCCCAGAGGAUAAAGCUGAGCACGAAAAGCUCGCGCGAUGCAGCACCAACUACGUUGUGAUCAGUAAGGAGUUGUACAAGAAGGCCGCAUCUAACGACAUUCUGAUGAAGUGCAUCCUCCGCAACUAA